AAAAUUUAUUGAAAAAUUUAUUUAAAAAUAUUAAUCUAUAUAAUUUUUAUGCAUAUAGUAAUCAAACGGUAAGUAUUUUAUUCUUUUUAAUUUGGUUAAGAAAAAUAAUCUUUAUAAAUAUUUUUUGUAUGAAAUUAAUUUUUCAACGUAGCGACAUUGCGCGCGCGAAAAUCGAGAAAUCGAUAGAUCGAUCAUUUAUUCGUUCUACGUCGCGAGUACUAUCGACUGUAUCUGGCUACUAUGUAUGUGUGCCGUAUAAACUGUGUUGGUGGUAUUGCGUUUCGGUGUUAUGCUUAUAAUUCCGCAAUAUAAUAUCUAAAUAAGCAAAGAAUAUGAUGAAAUCUAUACCCGAGAGGUGGUUGGAAUAUAAACCCUAUGGCACAGUGAUCAGUGGUACAAAAAUUCUUCCCUUUAAAGUUCCAUUAAAAGAGGCACUGUGCAACAAGCUAAAGCCGCAAGAACGAUUUACAACGUCGAUACUGCUCAAAGCAUUUCCACGGCUCAAGUACAUCAUCGACUUGACAAAUACGAAUCGUUACUAUGAUAAAAAGGAAUUUACAAAUUUUGGUGUUAGAUAUGAAAAAAUUAUGGUUUAUGGCCGGGAAAUUCCUUCCGUGGAUUUGGUGAACAGAUUCCUUAAAACGAUGGAUGAUUUUAUGUCAGCUUGUGGUGAAGACGAUAUUGUGGGAGUUCAUUGCACUCAUGGCGUAAACCGUUCGGGAUAUCUUAUUUGUAGGUAUCUUGUACAGCAAUUAGGUUGGGAAGUCGAUGCCUGUUUAAAAGCAUUCGAAGAGGCUCGCGGCUAUCAGAUCGAGCGUGAAAACUAUAUAUACGCGUUGCAGAAUAUACCCCGCGAGAAAAGCAAAACGGGUAAGAGCAAAGCGCGACCGAGGGAUUGGCUUCCAUACCCAACCCAAGCAUAUACGAUGGGGCCGCCAGGUCCCGUACCACCGCGACGCGGUUUCACAAAAGAUGGUCCAUUUUCGUUGCCACAUUUCGGUUUUGGCGGUCCGCCAGCAGGCUUUCGUCCUAUGCUACCUCCACCUGGCAUGCCGUUGGUACCACCGCCACCAGGUCCUUCGUCUAUGUACGGACCGAGGUCAUUCAGGUACAGACCGCCACUGCGACCAGCCAUGUGUCCACCGCCACCUCGACCAGGUUUCGCAUUCCCUAUUCCAGGUUUUCCGCCACCAUGUCCGUCCAGAACACCGGCUGGAAGGUUACCUCAUGUUCCACCGACUCGGUUACCACCGCCAAAAAUCCCUCCACAUCCCCUUCCACAUUCUUCGUCAACGCAACCUGUUGUUUUGAAACGAUUGCAAGGGCAAAAACGGAAAUCUAAUAUACGAAAUGGCAUUGUGUCGUUAUCUAGAAAUCCCACCGGUGUUAUUAGGCAAAGUAGCCAAAUGAGUAGGAUAAUGCCGAAGUUAGUGAAAGAACAGGACUUUACGGUAGAUACGUUCGAAGAAAAUUUACUCGCCGCCUCGACUCAAUCGAACAGGCGGCCAACGAAAGAAAAAUUCAAUCAAACCAAGUGACGACGUGCCAUUUAGGAGUCAUGAUACGUUUACUUAAACGUUCCACAUCCCGUGUAAUUCGCUGUUACCGAAAUUGGCAGUUUUCUGCGAUGGUUUCGUUAGCCAUUAAAGGAGCAAGCAGUUGCGAGAAUGGACAACGGCAACUAAUUAACAUGACUAUGGAAAUUUGUUUGACAUGGACAGCAAAGAAGCAUAAAGAUAUACUUUGAGUGUGUUUAUAUGAAAUGUGAAAACUUGUACAGUACGAUUGAUGGUCAUUCUAUACGACGCCCUUUUCUCGUUACCCCAUGCAACAUGUUCCUUGAUACUAUUUUGACGAGUAUUUUCAUCAUUUCUGAGAAUAAAUACACUUUGUCGAUGAUAUUAUUAUGAUCCAAUCCAUCACCAUUCUCCUUCUGUAAUUAAUUAUUUAAAUAACUCGUGCCCGAGGAUUAUGAUCUAGUACUUAAUUGACCACAGGCGAUUAUUGCUAUCGUUAAUUCCGGCUUGAAAGAUUACAGUUCGAUCUCUGUGCUUAGUUUUAGAGUGAAAAUAAAUCUUUCGAACAGAGUUAGCCUUAAGUACGGUAUUUGCAAACACUGUAUAUUAUAUCUUUAAAUACGUGUGGAUAAUUAAAAUGGCUCGUUAAUUAUAUUUUAUGACUGCAAAUACGAUGAAUCCUUAAUUUCUCGGUAGGCUUCUUUCCUUACAGGUCAUUUCGAGCGACCUUCUUUUAAAAAAUCUAUUUUUUUUUUUUAUUAAGGACUACUUGUUCAUUAUGAUUGACUAGUAAUGAUUAUGGUAAUAAAAGAUUAUCGUAUACUAAGGUAUAAUAUGUUAGGUCUAUUACUUAUUUCGUUGAUAAUAAUGUAUUUAUCUCUGUACAGAUUAAAUCUAAAGUAUAUUAACUUGAAAAUAUUUCUGACCAAGAGUUUUUGUAAAUACUGUGCUGCAAACAUUUAUUUUCAUUCUAUACUUAACAUAAUAAUUGUGCUAUUUCUUCGUAAAUCAUUCCAUAUUAUGAUCUUUGUGUGUAAUUCGAUCCUUUCAUAUUUUUCAUUAAUUCUAUCGUAUGUUAAUAACGGUAAGAAACAAUGUGAUGAGAAGAAGAAUUUCUACUCGAUUUCCUUACCGUCGUUGGCAUUUGCAUUCUAUGAAUGGAAUACGGUAGAUGUAAUUUCUCGUUGUAAAUCAUGAAGAUUAAGAAAAUUUUUUGUUAGAAAAUAUGUUACACAAUCAAUGUUAUUAGCAAUGUCACGUAAAGACAAAAGCAUCUAUUCUUUGUUCAAUAAGAUAGAGCUUGAACCGUUUGAAAAGUAAAACGCGAGGAGACUAUACUUUACCAGCUUUUCGUAGUAUUUAAAAUAACUCGUAUGUAUAAUUAAAUGUGGAAGAUGCGUAACACGUUGAAAUCAAGAUAUUUUCUUGCAGAUUUUAUGACCUGAUGAAAUUGUGAUUAAAAAAAAUUUAUCUGCAUACUGUUACAGAGAAUUUAUAUUUUACAUGUAACAUUUUAUAUUAGUAAAUAUUUCGAGUAUGAACGUAAUCGUCUUAAGGGGGUAUACUGAAUUAGAAUGUUCUAAAACAGCGUUUUUUUGUGAUUUUUUUUUUAGAAGGGAAAGAAAGAAAUGAAAUUAUUAAAUUUUGAGAUAUGAUUAUAUAUUUAACGAAUACAACAAAAUUUUUUUUAAAGUAAAAAAAAUAAAUUAUAACAGAUUUCUAAGCCCAUUUCAUGGGCGUCUUGUCGCUACAGUCUUCAAUCGGCGGGAAAGAUCCACCUUGUAAUUCUUGACUGAAACAAAGAACCAAAAAAAGAUGAAAUUAUUAUAUAUUUUUCUUCUGGAUGAACUAAACAACGGCAGAAAAAAGAUUAUUUAAAUAAUUGUUAGUUUAUUUUUUUUAAACACAUUUUUUUAAACCCACCAAAAUUUUUAAUUUCACAUUUUUUUUAUAAAUUUAUUAAAAAUUAAUUAAUUAAAUUAAAUUAAUUAAAAUUAUAAAAAUAUAUAACAAUUUAAUCCUUUUUCGGUUUUUUGUUUCAGUUUUUUUUUUAUUUAAUCUUCUGAAAGUUUCGAACAUAUGUAAAGUAAAUUAUGUCAAAGCGAUUUUGCAAAAUUCCGACAGUUAACGGAGCUACAGCGAUCAUGCGUUUUUGCGUUAUUUCGUAUAAAAUUGAAGUUCCAGUAUUAGUUCAAUGGGCGUCGUCGAAUGAGUAUCUUGCAACAGUUGUGUAAUUCUCUUGUUGAUCCUUUAUGAUUCGUUAUUAUUUAGAUUAUUUUGUUACUCUCUUAAUUAUACGUUUAUCAUUAUUUAAUUAGUUUCUUAGUUAUAUAUUUAUUUAGGCUUAGUUUACCUAGUUAUUAUAUAUUUAUAUAAUUUGUAAUAAGUGAAUAUGAAUAGAUUGAAACGGAAAUUUUUGGACCAAGAAGGAUGAUCAAUAUUUAAAAAACUGGCACGAAAAUAUUUAAAAAAAUCAUCGACAUCCGAAUAGGCAAAAUUUGAAAAGGGCCAGCGGCAGCAAAUCAAAAUAGAAGUAGGGGAAUGCGAUAUACAUGUAUAGCCGGAUAGGUACAUAUUAUUGCGCGUGUAUGUAUAAAUUUAUUGUUGCACGUGGAAUCAAUAUGUGAUGUUACAUUCGUAUGAAUAUCGCAUCAUUAUUAGAUGAAUCAUAGAACAAGGAACAUCAUAGUUUGUCAUGCAGCGAAGUUUAAAAAUUUCGGGUUGAAAAGUUUCAAUGUGUUGGCGAAUUGGCCUUUUUCGCGCUUUGGAUUUAAGGAAUCUAUUACAGUAAGUACUGAAUUGUAUUGUGUGAUCCUUACACGGUCAUAAUAUUUUACCUGAAUUCUUGUCACAUGUUGAGAUGUAAAUAUGUAAUAUUUAAUAAAUUACUUCGUUCGAGAUAAAGCCAGGUAUUUGAUUGUGGGUAAAAUCAGAUACACGGGUAUCAAAAUGUCUUUUUGUCAAAAUAUUUUUAUUACUUUUGUUAACUAUUUGUUUUGAUGUGAUCUUGUUAUCAAGAGAAAUUCUCAUUGUAAGAAAGAAACGAAGAAAGUCAUGUGAAGUAUUUUCCAUUACAAGAUAUUGGUACAUUUUGAAGGGAAUGUUAUAUUCUUCCCCUAUGAUUAAUAUUACAUUACGUUAUACUGAUAAUGUAUUUUUCUUAUAGGGGAUGGUUUCUACUAAAAAUGCAAAUAUCUGCGGAAGAGAUGUGCAUAUUUUGUGAUUCUCUUCAUAUAUUCGAAGGAGUUGAUUAAAUGCGUUAUCUUAUAUGGCAUAGGUGGAUUUAUGAAAUCUGCACAAAUGUUCAGGCUGGCAACGAGUCUUUUAUUUGUGAUUCUUUUUACUACAUGAAUUAUAAUAAAUUUAUGAAUAAGUUGCAAAUAAGCCAAAUAAAAGUACCAAAAAAAAAAUAAACUAAAUCUAUCUAUGAAUUAAUUUUCACUUAAUUAAAUUAAGUUAAUGUAAGUGAGCAUAAAUUAACAUAAGUUAAUAUUUGGCGAAGUCACAUAAAAAAACUUUCUUUAUUAGUUUUAAUAUAAGUUUUAAUAUAAAAAAAAGAAUAAUAAAAAUAGAGAUUUUAUAAAUACAUCAUAUUUUACGUGUUUUUUAACACACAUAUCAAUGUGCCAAUUACGAAGAAUCGUCAGGGAACAUGCGGUCGAUGUAUAGAACUGUUCCAAAGAUUACAAAAAAAGUAUUCUGUAAUAUUAUGCAAAUUAUAUAGAGGAUGUAGACAAUAGAACGUUCAAAGUUGCAAUUGAUGCAAAAUCAGACUUUCUAGAGACCAAAUAAUCCUCAAAAAGGAAUACAUUGGCCAUGUGAAGAAAAUGAGGAAAAGGAUGGGAAGUCUGUUGCGAAAUGCAAGGCAGUAAGCAAAAACUUAUUGAUAAAUUAAUAAAUGAAUUGACCGUAUAUUAUGAUCUUGUUAUGAAGAGAAAUUCUCAUUGUAAGAAAUAAAUGAAGAAAGUCAUGCGAAGUACUUUCCAUCACAAGAUAUCAACCAAUGAAAAUGUUCAGCAGCAAAUGUGUUCAACUGACGAAAAUUCUUGGUGCAUUUAGCAACAAGCAAAGACAAAGAACACAUUACGCUAUUAUGUGCACAAACGUCUCCCCCAAAUUGUUCGAGAUGUAAUUGGUCCAAUUUACGAAGAAGUCAACUUAGAAGACGUGUUAAAAUUAUGUGAACUUACACGAAGUUGGAUUUACACAAAAGAAUAACAAAAGUUUGAAUUCAUUGAAGAUUUUACAUUUAACGGAAUAGAGGCAGAUAGCCUUUCUAAAAUGCCGUCGCCUGAAAUCAGUGCUGUUACACAAGAGAAAAGAUAAAUUCGAAAGUUUGGAUUCUCCUAUUUGGACUAUAGGGCUUCAGAAACAUCACUAUACGAAAAACAUACAAUUGAUAUUGCAACAUUUACAGUUGCCAGCGUCUUUAAUGAUAGCUACAAAAGCAUUUUAUCAAUGAUGCAGAUAACGCAAUUAAACAUUGAAAUCGAUUGUUUCAGCGUUUGCUAAAUAACGGAUGAGCAAUAUCUAAAGCUCGCUGCAGCAAAGAUGAGGAGGAGCAAAAGAAAGCUCAUAUCCUUGCAGCAAAACAGAAAGGGACUUGAGAUAGAUUUUUUUGACGAUUUGAAUUGUAACGUUUGAAAUGGCGAACUCGAAAGUCUAAUCACCGAUGCAAUGGUAGAGAUUUUCUAUAUAGUAAUCUCCUCUGUGAUAUUCAUACAUUCGUGUCUAAAAUUAAUCAUUUACCUAAAUAUACCGAUGUUUCUCUAAAAUUUUUUCAAGAAAUUAUUGUAUACAUGAUUCAUAAACAAUGUAAGAAUCUUAUGCGUAAAUCUCAACAUGGCUAUAUAAUUGAUAGGUCGACAGUUACAAAGCUAUCGAUUUUCGGUAAUUAUGUAUUAACAGCUCUUGACAGAAGAAAGUAAAUUCAUGUUAUCUUCACUGAUUUUUCUAAGGUUUCUCAGACAAUCAACCAUCAAAUACUCGCAUAAAAGUUACACAAUUUUGGUUCCCGUGGAAGUAUAAUAGAACCUAAAGGGUGCGCGUUCGUAAUAACUUUUCUAAGGUAAUCAAAGCCAAAUGAAGAGUAUUGCCAGGAUCACAUCUUGGUCCAUAUUAUCUGUUAUUUUCGUCAAUAAUUUAACCAAUGAAUUUGCCCAUGUUAAUGUGUUAUUUAUUAUAUUCUGUAUAUGAAAGUCGAUUUAAUCGAACAUUAAGUGAACUUGCAAUCUGUUCUAACCAGAUUAGCGAACUGACGUUCUUUGAACGAACUGGAACUAAAUAUAUCGAAAUGCCGUAUAACGCAGAUUACGUAACGUAACGUAAAUGUUCGACAUUAUCGAAGAAGUCUGCGAUCCUCGGAGUUAGAUAUAUUUACUAUAUUAUAAUAUUAUAAGAAUUAAAAACGUCAUUGAAAUAUUUAUUAUAGUAUAUUCACGACUCUGUUUUCGUCAAUGUAUUCGUCGCACGAUUAAUAAGGCAUAGAAACCUCUAAGCAUAAUAGAACGUUCAUGCUCAACCUGUAACAGGUGUAACGUCUUUAAAAGUGCUUUAUAUAUCGAUAAUUAGGCUUAUUUUAAAGUAUGCCAGCAUAAUCUGGUCUUUCGUCAAUCAAGAUAAAUAAAAAAAUAGAUUUAAAAAAAAAAAAAAAAAAAAAAAAUACAAGUUUCUUAGAUUUUUAUGGUUUAUGACGGAAAAUACUAUGCUAGAAAACGAUCAUAGCUAUAAGCUUAUUCAAACCUCUCUUCAUUGUUCUCCAGAAGAAUGAAGACGUAUUAACGAUCUUAUUUUUCCGUUCAAACUUAUAAAUGGAAAAAUGAACUUAAUGUUCUUUUAAGAUCUUUUCGCUCCACCUUCUUCUCAAAAUUGCUGCAGAACAGUGAAAUACGUAACUCUUCAAGAUCUUUGCUUUUGGAUCUGUCAAAUCCUUCAAAACUUCCAUUCUACUUGUUGUUGACCAUGACCAUCCAAACAGAAAUUAAACUUAUUUCACUGUUUUCAUACAUUCUUUGUAAUUUCGCGAUAAUAUUAUUUUACUCGUGCGUACUACGAUAUGACGAACAAAAUUCUAAAAUAUUGUAAACCUGAUUUGUAACGAGACAGUUUCCCUUAUAUAAACGAAUAAAUAGAUAAAUAAACCUUUUUAUAGUCCUUAGAAUUCGUUAAUUUUACUAAGCAAUAACUGUGUUAUAUUUUAUAUAAAUGGUUCCUAAUAUUCUCGUUUCGUAUCUUAAGUACUUUUCUGUAUAUCUCAAUAGAAAUUGACGCAACUUUUAUCGAGCGGAAGCAAGUUAUUACGCUGUACAAAGCUUAACCGAAACAGUAAUUUAAAUUACCAAUAAAUUAUUGUUACUGCGUGCACUCUCGUUUAAGGAUCCUAUAAUAUUCAUAAUACUUUAAUUACUGUAUUUCGCUAUUGUAUCUGUUUUAUAUUUGUACCACUGUUCUUAAACUAUGUACCUUUAAAUUUUUCUCUGUAUUUCCUCACAAAUAUAUAUACAAUGGGAUAUAGUAGAACGAAAUAA